GAAGGAGGGAGGAGGCGCCGGGCUCCCUCGGGCUUGGUUGAGCCUCCGCCAGCUGCUGCCUCUCCUCCUCCUCCUCCUCCUCCGGGUUCAGCAUCGCUCCCUGACUGCCUGCCUGCCUGCCUGCCUGCCCUUCUCCCCCGUGAUGUGAUGUGAUGUGAUCGGCGCCGGGGAGGGAAGGGGGGCAUCUCCCCAUCGGCCGCCGCCUCACGACGGAGCGGGCGGCGGAGCAUCGGGCCAAGGGCCGCGCCCCCAUGAAGAACAAGGAGAAGGAGAAGGAGAGGGAGAAGGAGGCGGCCUCGGAGCGGGGCAAGCCGGCCACCUACACGGGGGACAAGAAGGCGCGCAUGGCGGCCAAGACCAACAAGAAGUGGGUGCGCCUCGCCACCGUCCUGGCCUACGUCCUCUCCGUCUCGCUGGCCGCCAUCGUCCUGGCCGUCUACUACAGCCUCAUCUGGCAGCCCGUGCGCGGAGGGGGGGCGCCCCACGGACAGGCCCGCCCGCCCGGAGCAGGAGGAGGGCACCUGGGCAGCCCCCACACCCAGCCCCCCACCGCCGUCCCGGAAGGAGAAGGCAUCGCCACCGCCACCCCACUCGCCCCCGACCCCGGCAGCACCUUGACGCCCUAGGGACGCCUCUUGCCUCUCCCGCAGAAGCCCACCACCCUCUCGAAGGGAGCCGCCUCCAGGCCUCGGACCCUCGGGCUGCGCGCCCACUCCCGGACCCAAGCGCACCAGGGACAAGGAGGGCUUCCCUUCUUAGCCUCCUGCUCUUCAACUCCUCUCGAAGGAAGCCGCCUCCAGGCCUCGGACCCUUGGGCUGCGCACGCACUCCCGGACCCAAACGCACCAGGGACGACAAGGGCUUCCCUUCUUGGCCUGCUGCUUUUCAACUCCCCCUCUCCUCUCCCUUUCAUCCCUCUCUUUUGGGACCGGACCUUUGCUUUGAGUUUUUAUGAACCCAGGACCUACUCUUUGGGCUCAGGUAUGUCUGUGGGCCUCUGGGGACACCGACCCUCCUGGAGGAGAAGCCCAUCCACGCACUUCUUAGUCCCAGGCCUUGAAAAGGCCCAGUACAUUCUAUAAGAUGUACCCACCACACGGAUUUGAGAGAAGGAAUGGAAGUCUCAAGGGCUAUGGGGUGGGGAGGGGGAGCAUGACUUGCUUGGAAGGCCAUACUAUAGGGUGGGGAAGGGGAGGGAUGAAGGCUGCGGUCUCUGUUUGACCUUUCUGGAGGAGAAGCCCAUCUUUCUCUUCUCCCACACACUUCUUAGUCCCAGCCUCGAAAAGGCUCAGUAGAUUCUAUAAGAUGUACCCAUCAUGAGGAUUUUAGAAAAGGAAUGGAAGUCUCAAGGGCUAUGGGGGGAGUGUGGCUUGCUUGGAAGGCCAUACUAUAGGGUUGGGGGGGGGGGGGUGGAAGGCUAAGGUCUCUUGUUUGACCUUUCUGGAAGAGAAUCAUAGAAUUGGAAGAGACCUCAUGGGCCAUUCAGUCCAGCCCCCUGCCAAGAAGCCGGGCAAUCACGUUCAAAGCACCGCCAACAGAUGGCCAUCCAGCCUCUGUUGAAAAGCCUCCAUAGAAGGAGCCUCCACCACACUUUGGGGUAGAGAGUUACACUGCUGAACAGAAGCCUACCUUUCUCUUCUCCGACGCACUUCUUAGUCCCAGGCCUUGAAAAGGCGCUGUAGAUUCUAUAAUAUGUAACUAUCACGCAGGUUUUAGAGAAGAGAUUGAAGUCUCAAGGGCUAUGGGGAAGGGGCAGCUUGGCUUGCUUGGAAGGCCAUACUAUAGGGUGGGUUUGGAGGGGAAGGGGGCAAGAAAGGAAGGCUAAGGUCUCUAUUUGACCCUAUACUUGAUCACUUCUUUAGCACAUCUCUUUGAAAGGAUUUCUCUUCUGCUGUAAACAUGUCCAGAAAGAAGUAGUUCCCUUUAGACUUUUAAUCUUUGGGAUUUUUCUUCUUCUCCCACUUAUCUUUUCUAAGGCAACUUGCAUCAUUUCAACUCUCUCCUGUUUCUUAAUGUCUCCCUCCUGUCCAGUUUGGGCCUAAACCAGGCAUGGGCAAACUUUGGCCCUCCAGGUUGUUGUGUGUUUUCCGGACUGUAUGGCCAUAUUCCAGAAGCAUUCACUCCCGCCAUUCCUAACAGCCUCAGGCCCCUUCCUUUUCCCCCUCAGCCCCUUAAGUGGAAAGGAAAGAAAGGAAAGGGCCUGAGGCUGUUAGGAAUUGUAGGAGUUGAGGUCAAAAACACCCAGAGGGAGGCCCAAAGUAUUGUCAAAGGCUUUCAUGGCCGGAGUAACUGGGUUGUUGUGUGUUUUCCGGGCUGUGUGGCCAUGUUCCAGAAGCAUUGUCUCCCAAAGUUUCACCUGCAUCCUCAGAGGUUGUGAGUUUUGUUGAAAACUAGGCAAAUGGAAUGUCCAGGGUGGUGAAAGCCAAGCUUUGAAGCUGCAAGGCUAUUCAGUGCUAACCAAGGUGGCCAAUUGCGACAUUCACACUUGCCUCAAAGAGACAAGAGUUCUUUCUCCCACUCUGGACAUUCCAAAGAUAUAUAAAUCCCACUUGCCUAGUUUCCAACAGACCUCAGGAGAGAAUGCUUCUGGAACAUGGCCAUACAGCCCGGAAAACACACAACAACCCAGUGACUCUGGCCAUGAAAAUCUUUGACAAUACUUUGGCUCUCCCUCCUGGUGUUUUGGACUUCAGCUUCCAUCAUUCCUCACAAUCUCAGGCCCUUUCCUUUUCCCCCUCAGCCGCUUAAGCGGCUGAGGGGGAAAAGGAUGGGGCCUGACGUUGUGAGGAAUGGUGGCCGUUGAAGUCCAAAACACCCAGAGAGAGGGCCAAAGUUUGCCCAUGCCUGCUAUACUUGAUCACUUGUUUUUAGCACAUCUGUUUGAACGGAUUUCUCUUCUGCUAUAAACAUGUCCAGAAAGAAGUGGUUCCCCACAACGCUCAGGCCUUAUGACUGUGUUUCAUUAGGCUUUCAACCUUUGGGUUUCUUUUCUCCCCCUUAUCUUUUCUGAGACAAGUUGCAUCAUUUCAACACUCUCCUGCUUCUUAAUGUCUCCCUACUGUCCCCUUUGGGCUUAAACCUUCAGAAUGAGAUCCUAAACCUGCAUCUGAGGCCCUUGGCAAAAGAUUUGGUUCUCAGUCUUCAAGCCUUGUGGCCGUGGAUGCAGAAUUAAUGCAGUUUGACAUCACUUGAACUAUCCUGGCUCGGUGAACUGGAAUCUUGGAAGUUGUAGUUUGGUGCAGCACCAGCACACUUGGGCAAAGAAGGCUAAAGACCUUAUAAAACUACACCCCCACCAUUGCAUAGUAUUGAGCCUUGCUAGUUAAACCACUUCAUCACACUUCAAAUUCACUUUAAAUCUGGUUUCUGCUUCCUGCAGCAUUCAGGGAUUUGUAGUUUAGUAAGGCUGUUAAAGUCUCCUCCCUAAACUACAAACCCCAGAAUUCUGCGGGAGGCAGCAACGGGAUUUUAAGUGGAUUCAAAGUGGUGUCAAACUGCACUGAUUUCACAGAUUCACCCUCUGUUUAAAUGUUUGGGGUUUAAUGUGUUGUCAAAGUCUUUCUUGGCUAGAAUUACUGGAUUGCUGUGAGUUUCCCAGGCUGUAUGGCCAUGUUCCAGUAGCAUUUUCUCCUGACAUUUCAUCCACAUCUAUGGUAGGCAUCUUCAGAGGUUGUAAGGUUUGUUGGAAACUAGGCAAGUGGGUUUAUAAAUGUUUGAAAUGUCCAGGGUGGGAGAAAGAACUUUCCCCAAGCAGGAAGCAGCCAAGCUUUGAAGCUGCAAGGCUAUUCAAUGCUAAUCAAGGUGGCCAAUUGCAACAUUCACACUUGUCUCAGACAGACAAGAGUUCUUUCUCUCACCCUGGGCAUUUCAGAGAUAUAUAAACCCCACUUGCCUAGUUUCCAACAGACCUCACAACCUCUGAG